UACUGUCACUAUGAUAUGAUUAGAAGACAGUUUGACAUUUCACUUGAGUGAGCACCUAAUGGAUGGGUUUUCUGAAGUCAAGGCCAGAACUAGAAACAUCACAACAAGAACAGCUCGCACUGUCUCUCCUCAAACAUCCUCAAUCAUCAAUCAGAACACUGAGCCACUUGAAAUCUCUCCAUGUCCACCUCCUCCGAACCGGCCUUCACCAGAACAGUUUCUCCGUCGGCAACUUCGUCUCCCGUUGCGCCACACUCGGCUUCAUGGCCUACGCAUCCCAACUGUUCGAUCAAAUGCUCGAACCAAACUCAUUCGUUUGGAACACCAUGAUCCGAGGAUUUCAACAAAACCAACAACCCAGAAACUCCCUCUUGUAUUUCGAUCGCAUGAGGGUUCGAAGCGUUCCGCCGGAUCGCUUCACGUUCCCUUUCGUUAUUCGGGCUUGUGAUGAUUUGAAGGAUCUAAGCAGAGGGGUUUGUGUUCAUGGCUUGAUUUGCAAAUUGGGGAUUGAGUUGGAUGUUUUUGUUGGUACAAGUUUGAUAUAUUUUUAUAGUGGGUGUGGGGAUUUGGAAAUUGCUCACCAUGUGUUUGAUGAAUUGCCUGUAAAAGAUGCGGUGGCUUGGACUGUGAUUCUAUCUGGGUAUGUGAAUCAACGUGGUGAUAUGCAAAGAGCUCAGGAAUUGUUUGAUGAAAUGCCUGUUAAAGAUCUUGUGGCUUGGAAUACAAUGAUAAAUGGGUAUGUGAAAGUUGGGGAGAUUCAACUUGCUAAAAAUUUAUUUGACCGAGCGCCCGUGAAGGAUAUACUGAUGUACAAUACGAUUUUAGGUGGGUAUGCGAAGCAUGGUGAGGUGGAAGUGCUUUUGCAGUUUUUUCGUGACAUGCCCGAGAGAGAUUUGGUGUCUUGGAACACAAUUAUUGGAGGGCUUGUGCAUAGUAGGAGGAUUAGUGACGCUAUAAGACACUUUCACCUUAUGCAAAUGGAGAACAUAAAUCCUAAUGAAGUGACCCUAGUGUGUCUUCUCUCUGCUUGUGCUCAAGUUGGAGCAUUGGAUACAGGAAGAUGGUUGCACUCAUAUAUAGAUAGGAAAAUAGUAGACUUGAAUGUUGUGAUUGGGACUUCUUUAGUGGACAUGUAUUCAAAAUGUGGUGACUUGGUGAGUGCUGUGAAUGUAUUUGAUAAGAUGGUGGAUCGAGAUGUUGUAGCUUGGAAUGCCAUAAUCAUGGGAUUUUCAAUGAAUGGGCAAAGCAAAAAUGCCCUGGAAAUCUUUCACCGUAUGAAAAAUGAAUCCGUGAGGCCUAAUGAUGUAACGAUUCUUGGUGUUCUUUGUGCUUGUGUGCACACAGGGCUGGUAGAUGAAGGACGAACGUGGUUUCACAGUAUGUCCAAAGAUCUUGGUUUAGUUCCCAAGUUAGAGCAUUAUGGUUGCAUGGUUGAUCUCCUUGGUCGAGCUGGUUUACUGAACGAAGCUUAUGAGGUAAUCCAAAGUAUGCCUCUCGUGCCACACGAGGGGGUCUGGGGUGCGUUGCUUGGUGCCUGUAAGAUCCAUGGAAAUGUCGAGCUUGCAGAACACGCAAUUGAACACUUAAUCGAACUAGACCUUGAAGAUGGGGGCUAUCUAGCAAUAAUGUCUAAUAUAUAUGCCAAUGCGGGAAGGUGGGAUGAUGUUGCCAAAGUGCGGGAACUGAUGAGAGAGAAACUGGUUGAGAAGCUACGUGGGUGUAGCUCCAUUGAGAUCAAUGGUGAAAUACAUGAAUUCGGGGUAGAGGAGAAGAUUCACCCUCGAGCUAAAGAAAUUUAUGGCAUGAUAUAUGAAAUCUCAAAGCGUUUAAGGAUAGCAGGACAUAUCGCCAGCACAAGCGAGGUGUUCUUUGAUGUGGAGGAGGAGGAGAAAGAGAAGGCGCUUUAUUUUCACAGUGAAAAGAUGGCUGUUGCCUUUGGGCUCAUUGCCACCGAUGAGGGCACUGUCAUUCGGGUGGUAAAGAAUUUGCGAAUUUGUGCUGAUUGUCAUGCUGCCAUAAAGUUGAUUUCUGGGGUUUUUGGAAGAGAGAUAGUGGUUAGAGAUCGUAGCCGGUUCCAUCACUUCAAGGAGGGUUCUUGUUCGUGCAGAGAUUAUUGGUGAUCAUAACAGUGGUAUGCUAGCUGGAAGAAGGCUUUUAGGAAAAAGACCUAAACGAAAUUCUUUAGAAAAAAAAAUGAUCUAAGCAAUGUACUUCUUUGAACCCUCAUAAUAAGUUAAGUUAUAUUAAGGACCCCAAAUGUUUUAGUUUAGGAUUUAGGGUUUAAUUUUGAGUUUUAUUUAUUAAAACAACUAAUUGUAUAACAGGUAAAAUUCAUGGCCAGCUUAAUUUUGAAAAUGGUCAAGAAUUAAUUGAAUGCUUGGAAGGCAGGUUUAAGCAAA